AUGCUUUCCCGUGUUGGUUUGAGACCCCUUGCCAGAGCUGCCCCAUUGGCUAGAUGCGCCCCUCUUGCUGUCAGAUUUACUUCUACUUCUACCGUUAAGGUCUCCCACGAGGAGGAGAAUGAGCUUCUUAUCGCUCAAAGAAGAAACCGUCCUGUUUCCCCACACUUGACCAUUUACCAGCCACAACUUACUUGGUACUUGUCUGGUGUCCACAGAGUCACCGGUGUGGCCAUGGCUGGUGCAUUCUACGCCUUGACUUGUGGUUACGCUGCCACCUCUCUCUUGUCUAUUCCAUUUGACUCUGCUGCUAUCGUGUCUGCAUUUGCUGCAUUGCCAGUGGCUGCUAAAGUCCUUGCUAAGGCUGCCAUGGCUUUCCCAUUCGCCUUCCACUCCCUCAACGGCCUCAGACACUUGGUUUGGGACUUCGGUAAGGAGUUGACCAUCCCCGGCGUCUACAGAACCGGAUACAUUGUGUUGGCUGGUACUGCCGUGCUCGGUUCCUACUUGGCUUUCUUCUAA